GCGAGGCGCCUCCGCCGGCGCUGCCCCAUCCCCCGCCGGCCCGGGCGGACGGGAGCGGCGGCCCCGCCGCGGCCCUUCCGAUCGCAGCACGUUCCAAGAUGGCAGAAUUAUUUAUGGAAUGUGAAGAAGAGGAGCUGGAACCAUGGCAAAAGACAGUGACAGAAGUGGAGGAGGAUGACGAUGACAUCGAUGAUGAUGAUGAUGAGCCAAUCUUUGUUGGGGAAAUCACAAGGUCGAAGGCAGCUACUACAUGCAGUGCAGGGAGUGAGGUUAGGUGGUUAUGCUGACAGCAGAUGUGUCAGGAUUCCACUGUUUGUCUAUGCUUGGGCUUUGGCAGAUAUAUUGAACAGAGUCAAGCUCAGCUCAUCACGAAGGGGGGUACAGGAUGGUGCACCCAGUAGAGGUCCAAUUACUACGUUCAAGACCGAGAGUCACCAUUACGCGCCCGCUGCCUCCAGCCCCGGUGCCGUGCCCGUUCCAUCCGUGUUCCAGGCUGCACCCAGGCCUUUGAGCAGCUCGGGAGCAGUGCAGCCACUGUCUGUACAAGUGAAUGUUUCAGGAACUUCACAAACGCUGCAGAGACCAGUCGCUGGGUGUUUAUCAACACAGCAGCUGCCUGGGUCAAGUUCUGGAAUAACACAGCCUGUAACCAUUCCAGUGACAACACAGCCAGCAUCAAGGAAUAUCACAGUUCCUGCAGUGGCUCAACCUGUGUCCAGGCCAGAGACUGGAACAGCACAGUCUGUGAUGCUCAAUCAGACAGGGACAAAUGCUGCAUCGAGCACCAUUAAAAAUGGAGGACCUUUUCCACGAGCUUGUCCAAAGUGUAAUAUUCAUUUCAAUCUUAUGGAUCCUCUAAAAAAUCAUAUGAAGUAUUGUUGUCCAGAUUUGGUAAAUAACUUUUUCCCAGCAACGAUCAAAACAGAAUGUUUGAGCACAACAAGUAAGAUUGCUGAAUCUGAGAAAGGAAAAUUGAUUAUGUUAGUUAAUGACUUUUAUUAUGGGAAGGAUGAAGGUGACACCCAGCAGGUGCAACAGGAGCAGAAGACUCAUACGACAUUUAAGUGCAUCAGUUGUCUCAAAGUUCUUAAAAAUAACAUAAGGUUUAUGAACCACAUGAAGCAUCACUUGGAGCUCGAGAAGCAGAGCAAUGAAAGUUGGGAAAGCCACACCACGUGCCAGCACUGCUACCGGCAGUUCCCCACCCCGUUCCAGCUGCAGUGCCACAUCGAGAGCACACACACGCUUUACGAGUCAUCCACCAUUUGUAAAAUCUGUGAACUAUCCUUUGAAACAGAGCAAGUUCUUUUGCAACAUAUGAAGGAUAAUCACAAGCCAGGUGAAAUGCCAUAUGUUUGCCAGGUGUGCAGCUACAGAUCCUCAGCUUUUUCAGAUGUAGAAUCUCAUUUUAGAACAGUUCAUGAAAACACAAAACAUUUGCUAUGCCCAUUUUGCCUCAAAGUAAUUAAAAUUGGAGCACCAUAUAUGCAUCAUUACAUGAGGCAUCAGAAAAAGGGUGUGUACCGCUGCACUAAAUGCAGACUGCAGUUUCUAACCUGCAAGGAAAAAAUGGAUCACAAGACUCAGCAUCACCGAACAUUCAGGAAACCCAAACAGUUAGAAGGCUUGCCCCCUGGGACAAAGGUGACUAUUCGAGCAUCUCUAGGAUCUCAUCAGUCAGGAUCAUCAGCUUCAUCUUCUAUUAGUACAAGCAGUUCCACCUUUCAGUUAUCACCUAAAUCUAAAACCACAACCACUAAAAAUCAUAACAAAUCUAAUACAAAUAAAUCAAGAGGAAAAUCAAAACAAACUCCAUCAAAGAAACAAAAUGCAUGGACCAACAGCAAAAAAAAAAAGGAAGUUACAAAUAUAACAUUUCAUCAUCUAAGGUGUCAUUCGGGACAUCACAAGUGCAUUGAGUGUUACUCAGAAAUCAAGGAUUUCGCCAGCCAUUUUCCUGCCUACGUCCACUGUAGUUUGUGCAGAUACAGCACCAGCUGUAGCAAAGCCUAUGUGAAUCACAUGGUGAAUUUUCACAGUGCUCGUCCACGUAAAAGAUUUUGGAUCUAUAAGAAGCAAUCAGAAGAGCUACGAGGCUUGACUGUAGUGUGUCUUAACUGUGAAUUCCUGGCUGAUGUUUCUGGCUUAGAUAGCAUGGCCACACAUCUGAGUGAGAGCCACACUCAUACUUGUCAAGUUAUUAUAGAGAAAGUUUCUGUAGAUAUCCCAACUGCUGCACAAGUAUCUGACAAACAAGAGCACGACUCUUCAGAUGAAACAAAAAACUGCAGUAGAAAUCCAACUACAAAAGUUGCAUCUGCUGAACAGAACGAAGAAGACUCAUCACUGUCAAAUACAGAAGAUGUUCCUAGUUUUGAACUCCCUGGCAACAGCUCAAAGAAGUCUUUGCAUGAGAAAAGAGCCUGUUGUGGUUCAGAUGAUAAUAACAAACAGUUAGAUGAGAAACAAAAAGGUAUUCAUGAUGAAAGUGAGUUGAAAAGGUGCCAAAGUUCAGGUGAUGGUCUCUUGGAUGAGCAGACUAAAGUCCGGAGCUUGGAUGAAACUACACUGUCAGCGAUGAACGUGAGGGACUUAAAGCUGACCUUGGGUGAGGAUGUGAGUUUUGAGCAGUUCUUCAGGAAGAGAGAUGAACCUGAGUCUGUUAGUUCUGACAUUAGUGAACAAGGCAGUAUUCAUUUGGAGCCUUUGACUCCAUCAGAAGUACUAGAGCAUGAAGCUACUGAGAUCCUUCAGAAAGGUAAUGUCACACCUUCAUCAAAGACAGCCGGACAGCUCACGGAACAAACAGAUGAGGUUUCGAAGGAAAGCAAUCCCAACAGAAUGGAGACAGCUGUAAACCAGACAGAGGAAAAUGAAGCAAGCUGAAAUUGUGUCAAUUUGAUUGUUAUGAACAGUGGUAGGAACACCAUGGACCAUUCCUGAUGAGUGUGCUUAUGGAUGCUAAAUAUUAAAAAAAGGGCGGGGGGGGAGAGGGAGGAGAGAAAGAGACACCAAAGGGAAGUUCUGCAUAUGGAGAUAGCAUGUAUGUGUAUGUGUGAUUAACUGAACUUACAGAAGGUAGCAAGUUCAAAUAUACCUUCCUGUCUCUUGGAUGUGAUAUAUUAUUAGAUUGAUAUUUGAAAAGAGGUAUAAAUUCUAAUUUUUUUAUAGUUAACUAGCCCAGGAUAAGGUGAUUUGUUCGCCCAGAAAGUAUUUUUUUAAAUUCUUCAGUGUGAAUAUCAUUGAACAGUAGAAUUGAGUAUGGACUUACUUCUGAUGCUGAAGUGGAGCGCACUUGUCAUCAGGGCUAUUGGUCUGCUGAUAAUUUGGGUAAACAUAAACCUUGGGACUCGGUGUCACAUUCCUGUCUGUAAAAGCAUGUAAACAGAAUUAUAUGAAUCUGUGCACCUCUGUACAGGUAUAAUCCUGCCAGGCUGUAAGCUUACCUUAAUAAACUUUCAGUGAAAGUGGAAUUAUUACAAUAAAACUAUAUAUUUGUGGGGUUUUCACUGUGCAGGCUGUGCAGAAAUACCGAACAUAGUUGUAUAAAGUAGAACAUAAUGUUGAAAGUACUGUAGCUGUUAGGCUUUUACCAUUGGUUUUCUGAUUCUUAGCCAUAGACACGUAGGAAUGGUCUGUAAGUCACACCAAAGUAUGGUUUUAAUGUAAAAAUGGUAUUAAGCAAAAAUAAGGAAACCCCCAAACUGGAGACACCACUUGGUGUGUGUUCUGCCAUUUUACAGCUGCUACUGGCUAACUUACAAAUAGAACACAAGGUCAAAUUGUACAGUUCAAUUUCAGGACUUUUUGUAGUCUUAAGUUAUGUACAGAAAGAUGGCUGCUGGUUUUGGGUUUUGGGGAUUUUUUUGUUUUGUUUUUUUCCUUUGGUUUUGGAUAUUUUUUUUUUGUCUUCUAGUUAACAGCAGAUAUAGGAAUGCAUAUGAUUAACGGUAGCUUGCUCUUAGGAUUUCAUUGCUCCAUUGGAAGCAUUCAGAAUGUGCUUUUGACUUACAGUUUUGUUUCUAUGGAUGCUAAAUGUUUUGAACAGCUGUUAAAGCACUGCUGUAAAUUAUUACUUUUUAAGUAAAUAUUUGCAACAAAA